AUGGAGUUGCUCCAGCCGCCGCGCCCGGUCCCGCCGCCAGCUCACCUCUGCGGAGAGCUAGGCGCUCACCGGCCCGCUCGCCCCUGCUCCCAAGUCGCCCUCCGGCCCCAGUCCUCAGGCAUAGGUCACCGGAACCAUCCAGAGGGAUGGCCGCCGCCUCCUCAGGGACCGCUGCCUGAGGGCCAGGGCCGGGGAACCCUGGCCGCCCUGGCAGCCCGUAGCACCCGGGGCGCUGUGGCGGCUGCAGUGAGGCACCGGGGCCCGCUCCCCCUCCCCGCCCCCGCUCCCGCCUCCUGCCUGCCGCGCCGUGCGCCCGCUUGCCCCAGCCGGCUGGCGCAGCAGCGCACACACUCACUCCGAGGGCGCCUCCAAGGUUACCCGCGGGGUGGGGGCUGGGGCAGUCUCCGGCCACUGGCCUCCUCCGCUGCCUUCCUAUCGCCGCGGCCCUUCAGCCGCUCCAGGGCGACCGGGUUCCAAACCCCAAAGCAGAAGAGACUCCAAAGUCCGGGGAGGGAAGUCUCGAGCUGGGAGCAGACGAGCGUCCGGGCGGGGGGCGGCCUUAGUUGGCUCUGGGUGCUGGGAGAGUCGGGUCAGGCGAGGUCGCGGCAAGAGGGGGCUGUGGCUCCGGCGGCCGCGCUCCGGGCCGCGCUGGCUGGGCCGGGGGCAGCGCGCAGGGGCUGCAGGCAGCACCGAGGCGUCCAAGGCGCCCCGGGCCCGCUGGGGGGCAGAGACAAGCGGGCGGCCAAACCUGCCGAGGAAACUAACUAA